CUCUUGGAUGAGUUCGCUGUCCGACAGCCCGCUUACAUGUCUUGGAUUGGAUGGAACUGUCAUCGGGAGUGCGAACACUACUGCCAGUGGAUGACAAUUAGUCACUUGGUCUCCAGCCCUGAGACGAGUCAUCACCGUUUGCCACAAUUUUACGGAAAGUGGACAUUCUUCCGAUUCUAUGGUCUGGAAGAGCCGGCGUCUGUAUUCUUCUCUCUUCUCAACUUAUUGUCUAAUAUCUACGGUUGGAAUGAAUACCGAAAAUCAAUCACAACUGAUCCCCAUUUCACUAUUUGGACACUUCAGGCAUUGUUGGCCAUUAAUGCCUGGUUCUGGUCCACAAUCUUCCACAUCCGUCAGACACUAUUCACUGAAACAUUUGACUACUUUUGUGCAUAUUCUGUGGUCAUAUACUCACUGUUUGCACUAACCGUCCGUUUCUUUGAUUACUUCAACAUUAAUGCAAACAAAAUAGUG